AAUCAUUAUUGACGUACCGUAACGGAACGUCAUUAGAAUUUUUUAUCAUAAAUUUUUCUUCAUUCAUCUAACAUUCUUGUUUCAUUGACGUUCCCCUUGUUUGUAAAUAAUAACCGCUGAAAAUAGUACGCAAUGUGAAAUGCACGCAUUCCUCAGCUCAGUGAACAUUACGUAAACUUUGCUAUUACACCGUAUUCGUAUUAAACUGUGUUAAUGUAAACCUAACCUAUCGGUCUGUGAUUUGUGAAUAUUUUUUGUUUUAUUUAGGAAAUGUGAUUGAAUAAUGCCGCCCUUUAGAAGGAAGAAAACUUCUAAAUCAUUUCCUGUGAAAGUGUGUACAUUAGACGCUGAAUUGGAGUUUAAUUUAGAGUGGCGAGCAACAGGGAGAGAUCUGUUUGACUUGGUGUGUAGAACAAUAGGUUUGCGAGAAACAUGGUUCUUUGGUUUGCAGUUCGAAGACACAAAGCACUUUAUCAGUUGGCUGAAGUUGGAUAAGAGAGUGCAAGACCAAUGCGUCUCCCAAAUGCCGGGUACACCGUUCAUGUUGCUAUGCAAGUUGUACCCAGAGGAUGUGGCGGAGGAACUGAUCCAGGAGGUGACGCAGCACCUGCUGUUCCUGCAGGUGAAACAAGCGAUACUGAGCAUGGAUAUAUACUGUCCCCCGGAGGCGUCUGUGCUGUUGGCUAGUUAUGCUGUGCAGGCAAAGUAUGGGGACUACGAUGAAAGCGCAUACAAACCGGGUAUGUUGGCCAGCGAGGAUCUGCUGCCGCAGCGAGUCAUAGAUCAGUAUCAGAUGACGCCUGAGAUGUGGGAGGAGAGGAUCAAAAUAUGGUAUGCCGAUCACAAAGGAAUGUCGAGGGAUGAGGCUGAAAUGGAAUAUUUGAAGAUCGCACAAGACUUGGAUAUGUAUGGCGUUAAUUAUUUCGCUAUUAAUAAUAAAAAGGAAACAGACCUAUAUCUAGGUGUAACAGCCCUCGGUCUCAAUAUAUACGAAAAGGACAACAAACUAACACCAAAGACAACAUUCCCCUGGUCAGAGAUAAAGCACAUAAGCUUUGAUGAUAAGAAAUUUGUCAUCAAAUUCGUUGAUAAAUCAGCAAAUAACUUUAUAUUCUUCUCACCGAAAGGAAUGAAUAAGUUGAUAUUAGACUUGUGUAUCGGCAACCAUGAUUUAUAUAUGCGUAGAAGGAAGCCGGACACUAUGGAGGUUCAGCAAAUGAAGGCGCAGGCUAAGGAAGAGAAAUUGCGUCGCCAAAUAGAGCGCAAUAAGCUAGCGAGAGAGAAGCAGCUGCGCGAAGCAGCGGAGAGAGAGAGAGCCGCUAUGGAGCAGCGCCUGCUGCAGUACCAGGAGGAGGUGCGGCUGGCUAACGAGGCGCUGCGUCGUUCAGAAGAGACAGCAGAACUUCUAGCGGAGAAAGGGAGAGUUGCGGAAGAAGAAGCUUCUCUCCUUGCACAGAAAGCGGCCGACGCGGAGAGAGAGAACGCUAGACUGCGGCUGUCCAACAUACGGACUGAGGAGGAGAAGGUACAUCUAGAACGCAAGACGCGAGAAGCAGAAUUCCUCACAGCACGGCUCGUAGAAGAGUCAGAGAAGAGAGCGGCAGAAGCAGAGAGACUAAAAGCGGAAUUAUUAGCUGCUAGAGUAGCGGAGAAGCAGGCUAAGGAGAAGUUGCUCAACUUCCUGAGUAGGAACUCUACGGGGUCACUGCCACCAAGUUCGACAUCAACCGUGCCCCUCUCCCUCUUUCCCUCCACGUGUUCUCUACCGGCAGAACUAAGUGCUGGGGCUAAUUCUACAACCACAGAACUAGUUCUGCACAACGGGGAUAGCACGGAGACGGAACUUAACUCGUACCAACUUGUCCCGGAUGACCCGGACCCGCAUAUACAUAGGUUGUCCCUGGAAAUUGAGAAGGAGAGGGUGGAAUACCUAGCGAAAUCAAAGCAUCUCCAACAGCAAUUAGACGAACUGCGCUGUGAAUUUUCCGUGUUACGAGUGGAACAGCAGCCCGGAGCCACCCUGGACCGGCUCCAUGAGGCACAGGCUCGAGCUGGUGAUGACAAGUACUCCACGUUACGGAGACUGAAGCAAGGGUCCACCAAGACCAGGUUGGCCUUCUAUGAGGAGCUUUGAGGAAAGCAGUACAAUAUAAGAAGUCUCACAAUUCCGCAUCAUUCGCCGCUAACUCUAAGCUCUAAGUUAUACUGUAUAUGCCUAUUAUAUAUUAGUGAAAUAAUUAUUGUCUCAAAUAUUCUAUUAAGUUAAGCCUGAUGACAAUAAUUAGAUUGAUUUUAUUUUAAUUUUUCUAUUGGUAUGUGUUCUCUUAUUUUUGAUUAUAGACUCAGGGGACGUUCAAGUAUUACGUAACUCAAUUUGGGGGAGAGGGGGGAUCUCGUAAAACGUUACGAUGCCUUACUGGGGGUACAGAAAAAUUGCUACGGUAAG